AUGAUUGUCUACAGAAGGGAUCGAAUACUCAUCUGUCUUCUUGUGAUUGUGAUGGCAGGAGCAGAGGUGAAGGAACACCUCUCACCUGAGUGUAAACAGUUCCUGUACAUGGGCACCUUGCCUCGAGGUCUUGAGGAGCAGCAUUUUAAAACGAUUUGCCAGAUCUAUGUGGGCCACCCAAGAUUUGUCACCCUGUACGACACCUUCAACCACAUCCCUGUUUAUUCUGCGUACACCUUCAAGCGCUCGGACGGCUCCAAGAAGGUUGAUGUGCCUUGGAUGUAUGAGCCACAGCUCUCCACAGUGUCUGAAUCACGUGAGAUGCAGCCGUUCCCUUCAGAAAACGUCCACAGUAGUUUUGAGGAUGCUCAGGCCGUGCUCGACGACUACUCGAACACUGUAAUCUAUGAACGUGGUCAGCUGAAUCCAGACGAGCACCAGGCCCACCCUGAUGACAAAGCAUCCACCUACACCCUGACAAACGUGGUCCCUCAGGUCCGAGAGUUCAACAUUGGUCCCUGGAAAACCCACGAGCACAUCAUUCGCAGGCGGCUCAACAACUACUGUCGUGGCACCGCCUAUGUAGUCACCGGGGUCACUACCUCGGGGCACACGAUCCGCCGCCACAACAUCAAUCGCCUGGGCAUCCCUACCUACCUCUGGUCGGCCUACUGCUGCAUUGAUUUUGACCACAAUGCACCGUACUCAGAGCGCUCUAAGUUUCCUGCGUUUGCAGCUCAUGGGCUCAACGACAGGGAGGAUAACAAGGUUCAAGAGAUGACGGUGCCGCAGCUGGAGGACUUCCUGAAGAGGGUAACUUAUGUUGGCAGCUCUUUCCAGAUCUUCUAUGACAACUGUGUUCCUCCUAAUAGUGCCCUGCAUCUGCCUUAA